CAAACAUUACUGAUUAGUGUUGCCCCAACUUGGAACCGAGGGUGUAAUUUGACGACAAAUUCCCCCAAAUUGUGUUAAAUUUGUGUGCGUUUGGUUGUAUUUAACACUUAGCCGACGUCGUCGUGAGGUUUAAAUCGCUGCUUGACUGCUGUAAAGUUAGCCGGUGUGAAGAUUCCAGAUACUGUACAUUGAGUACACUUGCAAUGAAAGCUGGUGCAGUCCACUGCCAUUGCCCAAAAUGCUACUCCAUCCCGGUUCGAAAGAGGGUCCGCCUGCGCACGCCAAGCAUCACCUUGUUGAGUCUGCCCGAGGAGGUCCUCCUCUGUGUGCUCCAGUGCAUCUCUGCUGAGGACCUGCUGUCAGUCAGGGCUGUUCAUUCUCAGCUGCGUGACAUUGUUGACAACCACGCCAGUGUUUGGGCCAGGGCCAGCUUCAGAGACACUUGGCCCUCCCCCGACAAUUUAUGGUUGUUUGAUAGAGCUGCUGAAAAGGGGAAUUUUGAAGCGGCAGUCAAGUUAGGGAUUGCUUAUUUGUACAAUGAAGGACCGCUGCUGAGCGACGAGGGCCGUGCGGACGUGUGCGGGCGUAAAGCGUCGCAUUUCCUCAGCCUCGCAGAGAGCCUGCGCUCCCCCGCCGCCGACCCCUUCAGCUGGCUGUUCAUCCGGCCGCCGUGGUCGCCCACCGGCAGUUGCUGCAAGGCGGUCGUCUUUGACCGCCUCAAGGCCGAGUGUGACGACAACAAGGAGAAGAAGGGCCCCUUGUUGCACUGCUUGGCGAGAGUGUUACAGCUGUUUGAGGAGGAUGACAAACAUGCUGAAGCCAUAUCCAUGUUGGAAGAGUCUUCGCAUUCAGGCUGUUUGCAGAGCUCCUAUCUCAUAUGGGAGCACAACCGCAAAGCGGCUAUGUCAGAUCCAGGCAGGUACCUCCAAUGUGUUCGAACCCUCAGGGACUAUGCUGCAAGAGGAUGUUGGGAGGCCCAGCUCUCCCUUGCCAAAGUAUGCAGCAGUGGCAACCCCCUGGGUUUGGAGGCUAAGGCCUGCGCCGACUUGGUGUCCCAACUUUUUAGAAACUCCCAGCAGGCAGAACGGCACAGCAAUCGCAAUAUCCUUAGACGAGGCAUCAAGGACACCAUGAGGUACAUUCUGGUGGACUGGCUGGUGGAAGUGACCACCAUGAAGGACUUCUCUAGCCUUACACUGCACGUGACCGUGGGCUGCGUGGACCGCUAUUUGGCGCUGUGCUCCGUCCCCAAGGUUCGCCUUCAGCUGCUCGGGAUUGCCUGCAUGGUGGUUUGCACGCGCUACAUGAGUAAGGAUAUUCUUACCAUAAGGGAAGCAGUGUGGCUAACAGACAACACCUACAAGUAUGAGGACCUGGUCCGAAUGAUGGGAGAGGUUGUCUCUGUGCUGGAGGGGAAGAUCAGGAGCCCCACUCUGCUGGACUAUGGCGAGGUGCUGCGCUCCCUCCUCCCCCUGGAGCGACGGACCACUCACCUCUUCAGCUACAUCUGCGAGCUGUCCCUGCUCUACUCGGCCCUGGCCACGUCGCCGCCCUCCGUGCUGGCCUGCGCCGUGCUGCUGCUCACGAGAGCGCUGCAUCACUACGCUCCCGUCUGGCCUAGUCAGUUGGUGGACUACACCGGCUUCUCCAAGCAAGACCUCACCCAGCUUGCUGUGCUGCUUUAUGUCAAGUGUUUCAGUCAAGAUUCUCCCACAGACUACAGACACGUGUCUCUUACUGGCGUGAAGCAGCGCUUUGAAGAUGACAUCUACCAGCACAUCAGCAGAGAGAAGGUGAUGGAUUAUAAGGAUCUGUGUCACAUCCUUGAGAUUCCUGAAGUGGAACCUCAGUUGGAGCCUCCCAGUCCCACUGGCCAACCAGCGGACAUCCACGCUUUCCUUGCUUCGCCUUCCGGCACCAGUAAACGGAGGCGCGAUGACAACAAGCAGGCGGACCGAGGCAGCCGAGUGACCACGCCCACCGCGGAGCUGUCCAAUCAGGAGCAGACACUGCUGGGCGACAUCCUAGACUGGAGUCUGGACGCUUCCUCCUCUGGCUACGAGGGCGACCAAGAGGAGAGCGAGGGGGAGAAAGAUGGAGACUUUUCGAUUAUAUCCAUCAAAAUGGAGGCUGACACAAACGCGAGACAAGAGAAUUGCCGGGCGCUUUCCAGCGACGAAGACUGCUUCAGCGAGGACGAAAGAGACCGGGCCUUGCGUCCCAAAGAGCAGGAUGGACUUUUCUUCUCCGCGGACGACCACAGUUCAGGCUACUCGUCGGUGCAGAGCGUCAGCCCGUCGUCAUCGUUGUCGUCCUCCUCUUCUUCCUCUUCCUGCUCUUCUCUUGUCCCGUGCUUGCUCAAGACUUUUCCCACUUCCCCCAACAACGCCGCUUCUGCUCAUUCCCAGCCGGGCUUCCGCCUUUUGGUCCCCAUGCCACGGCCCCGCGGCCACUCCAGCAAGCAAGUCAAGCGGAAGAACUUGGCGGCGCACAGCAGAGGUGAGGUGGAGCGAGAAGAAGAUGAGAAAGAUGGGCAGUAUUCCGCCAACGUGGGCUUCCGGAUUCUGUAGACUGUGAUGGUCAGUUAUCAUCCAGCACUUUUUCCCCUCGCCAUAGUCCUCGCUAACAGAGAGGGCGAAACUAGUUGCACCACUUCCAAAAAGUAACGGAUAUUCAUCUUUGUGUAAAGUUUCAGGAUAAACCUAAAAUGCGUUGUAUAACUUUUACUGGUGAACUUAAUUUGAUCUUCACUAAACUUUUGAAUGUACAUGUCACUCAGUUUAGGGUUUUAGUACUUUUUGCACAAUUUACUGUUCUCUAACAAGGGGCUGUUUGACAAAAUUCACAACAGGCGUUUAAUCGAUGAAGAAGUGUCAUCAGCAUGUUGCAACACCGAUACAGUGAGACUGGAAGAGUCACAGAAAAGCAGACAUGGACAUUCUUAGAAAUUUUCAUGGAUCAAAACACCUGUUGUGAAUUUUGUCAUUCAGCUUCUUUUUAGGGAAAAAGUUGUGCAAAAAGUACUGAAACGGUGAACAGUUGGCCGCACAUGUCAGAAAGCGCCUCUGCAGUUGGACGUGCAGUCAAAAGUUUCGAGAGGGUCACAUUAAGUUCACCUGUAAAAGAUUAUAGUGCAUUUUAAGUUCAUCUUGAAAUUUCAACCGAAAGCAGGAUAUCCCAAACUUUUUGCGAGUCGUGUUUGUGAGAGAGGCAUUUAUUUGUGCGCAAAAAGCCAAACAAUCCCAAUUUGGACCAAAGACAUUGGCAUUCAGGCAGGAAAAAAGGACAUUCACUUUUUUUUUUUUUUUUUUUUUUAAAUCGUAUUUAUGGUGGUAAUCGCAGAGUAACUCACGAUAUUAUCACAAUAGCAAUAAUGGAUAUAUUGGUAGAAAGGGAAAACCAAUAGAAACGAUCUCAUUGCGCAUUAAACGUGGAAAGAAAUACAAUAUCUGAAUAUGGAAAAAAAAAAAACGUUUACCAUGAAAAUAGUCUAUAACUGUUUUUGGAUAUGGAGAGUUAAUACAUGGGAACGAUACAAGCGGUUCCUCGGUUUGCGACGGAGUUCCGUUCCUACAUAUGAAAGUCGGAAUGCAACGUAGUCUAUUAUUGACCUAUGUUGUAGUAAAGUCAUAAUUGCAGUAAAUAUUUGUAUGGGGGGGGAAAAGCAAGCCCAUAAAUGUAAAACCAAGUAUGGCGGUAACUGAGAGUGCUUUCUUACGCCGCUUGCUGUUUUUAACCUUGAAAUGUCAGGACUAUUGCAAACCGAGGAGAAUCUCGUACGUUCUUAUUUGAUGUUGGUGUGUCCAUCUGUUUUGUCCCAUUUCUCAUGCAAAGGUUCAAUGUAAAGCGGUUUAAUUGUUUUUGUUUUUUUUAUCACUAGCAACGUUAAACGUAACCUCGACGGCGCUGAUUACCACACAGUACAUUUUAUUUUUUGUUUACAUGGAAGAAGAAAAAAACAAUACCUCCCAUGAUUUAAAACCUCUGGCUGUCUAUUUUGGAACCACUGGCUUUUCUCAGGACCAUUUAUUUUUAAUUUUUUUUACAAUAACCUCAUUGGAUGGUUGCAAACUGUGAGGAAACCCUAACUCAUGUUGGUGUGGCUUUUUUUUUUAUGCACUGUCCAUACAAUUGCGUCGUGUGUUUGCCAAACCACUGA